UGAUUAUGUCUGGUUUAGUUUUUUCAUUUUACUAAAGUAGAGGUCCAGAGGCUGAGACCACAGAGGCUGCUUCACUCCUCUUACUCACAGACCCAGAAUUAUCCACAGCACAAAAGUUUUAUUCUUUCCUUUUUCAGCUCUUUUCCCACUGAAAAGGCUCCUCAAUAGGUCCACUGGAGAAGAAGUUUUGUCUGGCAUACUAGCAGAGAAUUAACCUGCAAUGUCUCUGAGAGGUGAUGUAUGUGUGGUGACUGGAGCUGGUGGAUUCCUGGGGAAGAGGCUGGUGAGGCUGCUGCUGGAGGAAGAGAAAACAGCUGAGAUUCGACUGCUGGACAAGGAAAUAAAGCCCCAGUUUCUACAAAGCCUGGAAGGUAAAACUGGAAUACUAAUACAAAGAGACAAUCAUAAUGUUGUCUCUUUUUUUCUGUGAAUGUAAGAUACAGAAAAAAAAAUCAGGAGUAGUUUACAGGAGCAUCUUUUUAUUCAUUCAAAAAAUAAUGACAGCUGUUAAAAGUACAAAUCUGACAGUGUUAAAGUUCAUGUUUUUAUCAUUGCAUAAAUCUUAAAUUGUGUGCUGUCACGGAAAUCCUUUGAGAUGCCAGUUUAAUUUGUUUGAUUCAAUUUGAACUUUAUUGAAUUUGAAAUAAGUCUGAGCCAAAUAAAGCAGCCAUAAUUUACAAAUUUAGCCGAAACCAAGGCUUUUUUCACACGACAUGAAAAUGAGUUUAAAAGUGAGUUUUAGCUACUUUAAAUAACUUUUUUUCACAAACUUCCAACUUAUAUACACUUUGAGACAACUUUCCUGAAUGCAUUUAUUCAUUCUCGUGUACUAUUUGAUUAUUGUUGUUGUAUAUACAGUACGUCUAAGAACAGAGAUUUCUGAUUCUAGUACUGAUGUGUCAAUUUCAAAUUUCUUGUGUAUCAGAUUGUAAAGGUGACACAAAGUUGACUGUUUUUGAGGGGGACAUCAGAGACGGUGACUUCCUGAGGAAAAGCUGCAAAGGUGCAUCAACGGUCUUCCACUUCGCCUCCAUCAUUGAUGUUACCGACUCGGUGGAGUACAGCGAGAUAUAUGGAGUCAAUGUCACAGGUAAGACAGUCACUUCGAACAACUGAAGCCUCUACAACAAGAUGUAAUUUCUCUUAUAGAUCAGAAGUGACUACUGUCUGUACAUUUUUUGGCUUAUUUAUAAAAAGAAUAGAUACAAUUUUGCGUUCAGUUACCUGGAUGCGCCAAAACUUCUGUUGACACUUCUGCUCUAUCCAAGCGUCUGAUAACCUGUCUUAAAAUACCAUACUCUGAGAUCCUACACUCAUAGUUCAGUAUUUAUAGAUCUUCUGCUGGUGUUAACAUGGUAACUGACCCUUUCACUCAUCAGUCUAGACCAACGAGUGACUCCCAGUCUUGAGAAAUAGAGCUGAACACAGUAAUACUAAAAACUGCAGUUCCUCAAGUGUCCACUUGAGGCUGGCUGCAAAAGCACCAGAAGCCAUACACACCCAUUCUAAACAGUCAGUCUUGUCAGCAGAAUUAAACAAAACAUUGGUACAAAGAUUAUUUUGGUCUGAAUAGCUCAUUUCUCUAUCUGCACACACUGCAUGAGUGUUUUACUUUUUUUAAUCUACAUAUCUUGUUAGUUUCUUGCAGUUCUUGGUAAUGUUAAAAUGUUCUCUGCAAAGAAAAGAAGAAGAGAAAGGGUCCCAUCUGAGUUCUUUUUGAGGCUUUGCUGUUAUCACAUGCCCUCUCAGGUAAUGAUAUCAAGUGAUUUCUGCUCAUAUUAACUCAACAGCCUCAUUGCUUUUCAGGAACUAAGCUCCUCCUGGAGGCGUGUCUUCAAGAGAGCGUCACAUCGUUCAUUUACACCAGCACCAUCGAGGUGAUGGGCCCAAACUCAAAAGGUGAACCCAUAAUCAACGGUACUGAGGAGACAGUUUAUGACUGUAAUCUGAAGUUUGCCUACAGUAAGACCAAGAAGGAGGCCGAGGAGAGGACCCUGCAGGCCCACAACGAGCUGCUCCCAAACGGGAGUCGACUGGCCACCUGCGCUCUCAGGCCGAUGUACAUCUAUGGGGAGGGCUGCCGCUUCCUGCUGGGCCACAUGAUCGACGGGAUACGAAAUAGUAACGUCCUGUAUCGUAUGUCUUUACCAGAUGCUUUGGUGAAUCCUGUCUAUGUGGGAAAUGUAGCUCUAGCCCACCUUCAAGCAGCACGCAGUCUUAAAGAUCCUGUUAAAAGAGGAGCUGUUGGAGGGAAAUUUUACUUCAUUUCUGACAACACACCUCAUAUUUCUUACUCAGACUUUAACCAUGCCGUGAUGGCACCUCUGGGCUUUAGCAUCCAGGAGAAACUGAUGGUGCCGCUCCCCGUCUUCUACCUGGUCUGCUUCCUGAUGGAAGUUGUGUGCAUGAUACUUCAACCUUUUGUGCGGGUCGUUCCUCCGCUGAAACGGAAGCUCCUCACCAUGUUGAACACGCCCUUCAGCUUCUCGUAUCAGAAAGCUCAGAGGGAUCUGGGUUACACCCCCAGGUACACUUGGCAGGAGGCGCGCAAACGCACCACUGAAUGGCUGGCCUCGCAUCUACAGCAGGAGAGGGAAAAAAUAAGAUCAAAAUGAUACAGGAAGAGCCAUUCAUUUAAGAUAUAAAGUACAGGUCAAAAUAUCUUCCUAAAGGAGUAGAAUAUUCAUGCAUUUUUGAUAUGUCUCUAUCUUGACUUCUUCAUUUAUUUUUGAUUUUACCUUUUUUUUUUUGUUUUUGAUUGAAUAUUUUCUAGCAGCAGAACAAGAUAAAGCCUUGAGCCUGGAUUAUACUUGUGCAUUGACUCUAUCCUAUAGCUACAUCUUAUUCGCCAAUACCAUUGAGAGCACUAUAUACUGUGCAUGUGUUAGAGUGUCCCCAUCACUCUGCAUUACUCCCCUAGAUACUACACUAGUUAUUUCUCUAGUUUCCAGUAAAGAUUUGAUGCAGUAGUAUGAACCAGGUUAAAGAUUAUGAAAAGUGACACCAAUUAAAAGGGCCUUAAACCUUUGUUCUUACCCGUAACCAGCAGGGGGCGACUCACCAGUUGCAAAAAAAAAAAAAAAAGAAAAGAAGAAAAAAACAGAUUGCAACAAAUAAAUAAUAAAAUUAGCCCCAAUUGCCCCUUGAGUCACUACUUCUUUUUUGUUAUGAGUUUACGAUCUUCGUGACUAGAUUCCAGUCUUAUUCAGAACAAUGUGACGGUUAUUCGGUGAAUUAUGUCCCCCUCUUUCUACAGAUGAAUGCAGCUGUAAGACAUGGCAAUCUUGUGACCGAAUUAAAUGAUAAUGGCAACCUCUUAAACAAGAUUAAAGGCAAAGCGAUGUUUCUUCUGCCUCUGGCCAAAUAUGGUCCCUUCUGGAUCCCCAAUCCAAGAUGGUGACAAAGACUCUACUAAAUCAAUUAGAUUUUUCCGCUGCAGGCCACUCAUGGAAUAAUCAGAACUGGGAUGGUCCAGCUGAGUCACAGACUUUUGUAAGGGUAUGAUUAUGUGUGCACAACCACAGUCAUAUAACAUCCAUCAACCCUCUCUGUCUCCACAACAGGCUGCCUUAAAUAUGUAGAGAACAGUAACCAUCCAAAGUGAAGCCAGAACUUUUAAAGUUCCCCCUAGUGGCCGGCUGCAGUAUAGGUCUCUAUUAGGCCAUGCUAACAGAUAGAGUAUGGGUCAAACUAUAUCAUUUAAAUACACAUCAAAUAAAUAUUUCUCCAACAA